AUGAAAGAAACAAAGAGGCACCUCGAGAGGUCAGAGUUCAACGAACUGGCUUGGGUGCACUUGGUGCUGCUGCGACUACUCGGCCUCGUGGCGUUCGACUCCCGAUCCCCGAACUUCUGGCCAAGUCGUCUAUUGUGUCUCUUCAUGUACAGCUGCAACAUUUUAGUGACAAGUAUGUACACAUGUUGUAUAGCGAGGAGUUUAAUUUCAACUGGACGAGCCGAUGUCCAAGUUGUCGCCGAAUGUGUUGGCUUGUGCGGGGUGCACUUGCGUUUUCUUAUUACCUACGCAAACCGUAAGAGAUUGGAAAAGUUGCUGAAUGAAGCUCGUAAACUUUGGCUCGAGCUUACCGACCAAGAGAAGUGUCUUCUCAGGAGUGCCCAGGUCACCAGGUAUUAUCUUUCAGUAUGUGCGGGACAUGUACUGUUGUACGUAGUCCCCGAUCUGAUACGAUUUUUGCUCAACGACAUUCGUUUGCUACCCUUCCCUUUUUACGGCGAAGUGACAGCAUCGCCUGGUUACGAAAUUUCAUUUUUCAUGCAGACGAUCGGUCUGAUAGGCAUCUGCGUGGCUGCGUCGGGUAUUGACACCACAGUACUUUUUCUCAUCAUGUUUGCCAGUGGUUACUCUAACAUUCUGGGAACUAGAUUUUCAAGCAUUGCCAAACGCUGCGAAGGACAUGCCAAUGGGCCAUUCGUGUACAAGGAGAUGAUUAAUGUGACGCAGUGCCAUCAGAGAAUCAUUGAAUUUUGUGAAAGGAUGAGCGAAAUAACGAGUCCGUUGUUUAUGGUCCUGCUGAUUUGUACGACGUACACCAUGUCGUUGAUUGGAUUGAAAAUUGUUGGGACAGAUCCAGAUAAGUACAAGGGAGCGACCGUGUUGAUAAUCUACGUUGUCCAAUUAUUUACGUGCAAUUGGGCUCCAGACGUUUUGGCCACCGAAAGCGGUGCUCUAGACAAGAGUGUAUACUUUCUCACAACGACGGACCAAAACGACAAAGAAAUUUCAAAACUCCUGAACAUAGUGAUGAUGAGAUCACAGCGACCUAUUCAAUUGACUGUUGCUGGCUAUGUCAACCUAUCGAUGGAAUGUUUUUCUUCUAUGAUCACGAGCGCCGUAUCUUUUUUCACGGUUCUCCGAAGCAUGAAAUAG